CCAGUUUCGGGGUAGCAUCGUGCUCAAAGCUCGCUGGUUUCAACAUUUUUUGAAAAAAUAUAAAAGAAAGCACCGGUUUUACGUGGACCGUUGUCGCCCUCACAACGUUUUCAGGCCUCGCAAGCAACGACUACGGAGACUAACUGCUCAACUCCAUCACUGCCUUCCUUCUUCUGUAACAAUAUUUCCUUUAUAUUAUGAUGGAUGACCGAAACUUUUCAUAGAGUCAAAUCUAUUGCGAAUAGGGGAAGAAUUGAAUGGGUGGAGGACCAAUGUUCCCGACCGUGGCGAAACUGGAGCUAAUGGCGGCAGACUCAUCGUCGGCGGAAACGGCGGCGUUUCAGAAGGAGGCUCCGCCGGACAAGGACUUGAUGUGUCCGAUAUGCAUACAGGUGAUAAGGGACGCGUUCCUCACUGCUUGCGGCCAUAGCUUCUGCCACAGCUGCAUAGUCACUCAUCUCGGAAUCAAGAGCGACUGUCCUUGCUGUGGUCAAUACCUCACCCCCAGCCUCAUCUUUCCCAAUUUCUUGCUCGACAAGUUGUUGAGAAAAUCUAUGGCGUAUCGGACAGAAAGGGCUGGGUCUCCGUUGGAGCAUCUGCGGCAGAAAUUGCAUGAGGGUUGCGAUAUGUCAAUUAGAGAGCUGGAAGGGCUGUUGUCUCUUCUUGAAGAGAAGAAGAGGAAAAUGGAGCUGCAAGAGUCUGAGUCGAGCAUGGAGAUCAUGCUUGGGUUCUUGCAUUGCCUUAGAAGGCAAAAGCUAGAGGAGCUCAAUGAGAUACAAGCUGAUCUUGAUUACAUUAAGGAGGACAUGAUUGCGGUGGAGAGACGUAGAAUUGAACUGUACAGGCAACAACAGAAUAGGUCAGUGAGACUGAGAAUGCUUGGUGAUGAUCAGCAGAGCAAUGACAUUGUCUAUAGUGCACAAUAUGUGCAAGCGCAGAUGAGUUCUAUCAAUUUACAUAACAACAGGGCUGUUGUAAAUGAUGAUGUGCAAGACCAUACACAGUCUAUGCAGCCUGUUACUCCACAAGUACUGUCGGUGGCAAGGAAGAGGCGAGUACAUUCACAGUUCAAUGACCUACAAGAGUGUUACUUGCAAAAGCGGCGAAAUUGGAACAAACAAAGGGAUUCAUAUGCUAUGGAUAUAGAAGAUUAUAAUCCUGGCCUUGAAGACUUCCACUCUGUGCUAAAGGGCUUUACACAGUACAGCCGAUUGAGGGUCAUUUCUGAACUGAGACAAGGUGAUAUUUUUCACUCUGCAAAUAUUGUGUCGAGCAUAGAAUUUGAUCGAGACGAGCAAUUGUUUGCUACUGCUGGGGUUUCACGGUGCAUCAAGGUUUUUGAGUUUUCCUCGGUUGUUAAUGAACCUGAAGAUAUCCACUGUGCUGUCGAAGAGAUAUCCACACGAUCCAAACUUAGUUGCUUGAGCUGGAAUAAGUACACUAAAAACCAAAUUGCUAGUAGUGACUACGAGGGGAUAGUAACAGUUUGGGAUGUAACUACUCGUCAGAGUGUGAUGGAAUAUGAGGAGCAUGAAAAGCGAGCUUGGAGUGUUGAUUUUUCAAGCACCGAUCCUUCAAUGCUUGUGUCUGGAAGUGAUGACUGCAAGGUCAAAAUUUGGUGCACAAAUCAAGAAGAAAGUGUUCUGAACAUCGACAUGAAGGCAAACAUUUGUUCUGUCAAGUACAAUCCCGGAUCCAGCUUUUUCGUGGCAGUUGGUUCUGCAGAUCAUCACAUUCAUUAUUAUGACUUGAGAAAUGUCAGCCAACCACUGCAUGUGUUUAGCGGGCAUAGGAAAGCUGUUUCGUAUGUGAAAUUCUUGUCUAACAAUGAACUUUCUUCUGCAUCCACUGACAGCACAUUGCGACUGUGGGAUGUAAAGGAAAACCUGCCGUUGUGCACGUAUAGAGGCCACAUGAAUGAGAAGAACUUUGUAGGUCUUGCAGUAAACAAUGACUACAUUGCUUGCGGUAGUGAGACAAACGAAGUGUUCGUUUAUCACAAGGGUAUCCCAAAACCUAUGGCUUGGCAUAAAUUCGGCUCAUCGGAUUUAAACUACAACAACGAAGAAGACGAUGGUGCAGGGUCAUACUUUAUCAGUGCUGUAUGUUGGAAGAGGGAUAGCCCGAUGAUACUGACGGCGAACAGUCAAGGAACGAUUAAAGUUCUUGUACUUGCAGCUUGAGCGGCAACUCAACUCAAUAUUAGCGCACUCAAAUCAGAGAGAAUAGAAAUUGCAAACUUUAUGGUCUAGCAGCAUAUUGAGUACUUGCUAGUCUUGUUAUAGAAAUUGGGUGUAAUUAAACCUCAGUUGAAUCCAUUAAUAUCAUCUGAAAUGUAGCUUCA